CAAACUUCCAUUUGCGCCAGACCUGCAUUCGCUCUAAUUCAGAUUGAGCUCGACAUUUGAGCCUCAGCCUGUCCCUGUCAUCACUCUUCCAGCCUCGUCUACCUUACUUCCCACCAGUCUCUGGGUAAACAAAAGACAACAACCACGCUACGAUAGACAUAUUGAAUCUCGACGACAAACGACUGAAAUUAAUCUGAACUCUCCACUCUACCGCUUGUAUCUGGCCAAAUCGAACCUUUCAAUGAUUUAUCACAACGACGACUACUGCCCUCUCUCACCAAUUUAAUUUUUGCAAGACCUAGUACCGCCACAUCGAAGAUCUUCAGACAGCAUUACGCACUUAUUGGAUUGUCAGUUACAAGCUCAUACCAGGAAUUACCAUAACUGGAGUUGUCAAUCGACAACAACUAUAGCCAUGCAAACAGAAGCUUCACAGGGCUCGGCUGCCCCGCCAUCGCCAACAGCAACCUCAGUAAAGGCUUCCAACGAAAAGAACAGCAAGAAGAGAGCCUCACCUUCUGGCGACUCGGAGCAACCGGAAAAGAUCACAAAGCGACGCGCUGCCCGUGCUUGCGUGUCCUGCCGGGCACGAAAAGUCCGAUGCGACGUAGUCGAAGGAGCCCCUUGUGGAAAUUGUCGCUGGGACAAUGUUGAGUGCGUUGUCCAAGAAAGCCGCAGGCGAAAGAAGAAUCUUUAUACGGCCAGCACAGCGGGCCAGUCUGUCUCCACAGAAGCUCAGCUGCGUUGCAAAACAACGGCCAGCAACGGGAAUCCCACAGGUCCCAGCAAGAGUGCGACUGUGGGCAUGAGCACAGCCGACCUUCGACGUCCCAGCAGCGGCUCAGCCAUUUCGACCAGCAGCAUUGACGCACCCAGUACUUUUCUGAACAGUUCCGCCCUUGAUAGCCAUGUGCCUCACAUGAUAUAUCAACGCUCUGGCUACCGCCGAGAUUCCAGCUCACUCAAUAAGAUCCAGUCAAUAGAAUCUAACGCACACCGGUCGUCAUGGGGUAGCAUCAUCCCGGACCCUGCGUUCUUCGAUAACUUGCGUACCACUCAAUUGCUCGGUUCUCUCGAGGAGAAGGACACCCCGGCACCUCAGUUCCCUGCAUUUUUACGACCUCUGCCAAAUAAGAUCGCGCCUGAAGAUGUCGAUUAUCUCAAGAUUAAGGGCGCACUAUCGGUGCCCACCCUGCCACUACAAAAUGCACUCCUUCAGGCUUAUGUCGAAUAUGUGCACCCGUAUAUGCCGCUUAUGGACCUGAACAACUUUCUCGGUAUCAUCAACAGUCGUGAUGGAAAGAAUGGUCAGACAAGUCUCUUCCUCUACCAGGCUGUAAUGUUCGCUGCGUCAGCCUUUGUAGACAUGAAGUACCUUCGUGAGGGUGGUUACACCACUCGAAAAGCAGCUCGCAAGUCCUUCUUUCAAAAGACAAGGUUACUAUACGACUUCGAUUACGAGUCAGAUCGCCUUGUCCUCGUACAAGCUUUGCUUUUGAUGACGUAUUGGUAUGAGACGCCAGAUGACCAGAAAGACACAUGGCACUGGAUGGGCGUGGCCAUCUCACUGGCACACACUAUUGGCCUUCAUCGAAAUCCCGGGUCCACAAGCAUGGCUCCAGCAAAACAAAAGCUCUGGAAGCGAAUAUGGUGGUCUUGCUUUAUGCGAGAUCGCCUCAUCGCCCUCGGCAUGAGACGGCCCACACGUAUUAAGGACGAAGAUUUCGAUGUGCCCAUGCUCGAGGAGAGCGACUUUGACAUCGAGGUCCUCCCCGAGAACAAUACCAUUAUCCCAGCUAGCUGUGCAUUGGUUCGCAAUCUCGACAUGCAGCGAGAGCUGGCUAUCAUGUGCAUUGCCAAGGCUCAGCUGUGCGUGUGCAUUAGCCGCAUGCUGAAGGCGCAGUAUUCAGUUUUGAUCCGGGAUAAGAUGAAGCCCGAAAAUACUACUAACAGCACUAUGAUGCUUUUCCCUAAUAAGCAGUUAGAUAACGUUGAGAGCGUCACUGAGGUGGAUCACGAACUUAUGGCAUGGGCUGAGUCGCUACCAGCCUGCUGCCAGUACCGCACCCUGACACCCUUGGAUGUCAAAGACGGACGAUCAACAAUUGCUGUUCAGAGGACACUCCUGCACAUGGUAUACUACACUACCAUAUCGGCUCUGCACCGACCCCAGUUCCUGCCAUCGUCGCCUCUCCAGGCCCCGACAACAUCCCGACAAGUACAAGAUAUGUCUCGACUACGGGUUCGUGAUGCUGCGAUGCAUAUUACCCGAAUGGCUACGGAGCUUCACCAAUAUCGGUUAGAGCGAUUCUUACCUACGACUGGUGUGACGGUUAUUCUUCCUGCAAUGAUCAUUCACCUCCUUGAGAUGAAGAACCCCACGCCCCAGGCUCGGGAGCGUGCCACACGAGGAUUCCGCCAGUGUAUGCGGGUUAUGGAGAAGCUCCGAGAGGUCUAUGCUGCAGCAGAUUACGCAACCGGGUUUCUUGAUGCUGCUCUGCGGAAGGCUGCGAUUGAUAUCAACUCCAGCGUUGCCCCUUCAACCCUAGCCAUGAUGAAACGGGUACCAAUCGAAUUCAGCGCUCAAACACCACCUCCCGAGAAUGCGCCGUACAUGACUGCUUCCGAGUCGCUAUUUAAUGAGAAGCCGAAGGAGCCUCAGCCUGUGGCAGCACCAACCAUGAUGCCACCAAAUACUGUCAACGCUGCAGCUUUGGAGAUGCCCACAAACUCACCUCCCCAGACGGAGAUGGAGUCUCCUGCCGCUGGCUUGACACCGAGCGUCAGUGCUGGAUCAGAGGAAAUUCAACUGGAUGUUGGCAACAUGGAUCUCGAUUUCAUGCAAGGCCACGACGAGUUCGACUGGAAUGCUGUGGCCGGAACCGAUUUUGACGUUGACCAGUGGCUGCAAUUCCCCCCGGAGGGAGUGAACAAUCAAGACGAUAAUUUGAUCGCCGGGGUAUUGGGCGUUGAGGAGCCUACUAUGUCGGCAGAACAGGCGCUGACCUGGGCUAUUAAUGCCGAGGUCGAUGCAGCCCGGCAAACCGAGAACCGCGAGAUUCCUGCCCCGGCGUAGUUUCAAGACGCUUCAACUUCCGUAUUGCAACACAAUUCUGGAUGGAUGAUCUUUUGGACGGAGCCUUGCAUUUGUUUCAUUUUUGCAUUACCUGUUGUAUGUGUCUGCAUUCGAGACGGGGCGUUUGGGCUGUUGCUCCA